UUUUUCAAAAAUAAAGCCUAACUGUUUGGUAUGUUCAAGCGGUCCGUCCACGGUCACACUGGUUGAGACGAGUCGAGAGGAAAUUGCAGCGUAAAAGUCGAAUUUCAAGCCCCACAACCAUGCGUCUAUCCUCGAUCCUGAAUGGCCAGCACUUUGGCAACCUGGCCAAGGUGCACGGCAUCGUCACCUACAAGCUGUCGCCCUUCGAGCAGCGCGCCUUCGCCGGAGCGAUCAGCAAGGGAUUGCCCAACAUGGUGCGUCGCUUCCGCUCCAACGUCUUCAUCGUGACUCCCCCCUUCAUCGUGGGAUACCUGAUCUACGAUCUGACCGAACGCAAGCACACCGCCCUGCUGCGUAAGAACCCCGCUGACUACGCGAACGACGAAUAAGCGUCCCAACUAGCAGAUAGUUAUGUUAAACUAAUUAAUAAAACUAAACCCACAGUUCAAGAGA